UGCAUGUAUGUGGAUCCACGACACGUGCAUCUGUAGGAACCCUGAUUUUGGUAUGGUUUCUACACUCAAAUUCAUCAGUAUGAUAUAAGGCAAUCUGCUGGCUGGUAUUUAAGAGUGGCCCUCUCUUCAUAUCAUCGAAAGGUAAAACUAUUAGUGGCACACGUUGGUUUUUUCCUUUGUUUCCAACAUGUAACAUUAUAUUAGGGGUAUGUGCAGUUUAGGGUAAGUAAUAUACUCCUUUGUGCUCAGUAAGUAAUUGAUAGAAGGUAGAAGAAGGUAGAAACAUAUGUGCAGUUUAGAGUUUACCUCUUUAUGAUUUCUGGGUAGCCACAAUAUUUUCACAUUGCAAUUCAAGUCCUUAGUACCCUGGUAAUCAAACUAACAUGUCAGAGCAUCAGGCAAAUUCAUUGUGCACCUGCCUAUUGUAUGCUAAAGAAAUCAGUUUUUUUGCAUGUGUUAGUUGUCUCCUAACCUGCUGCAUUUUCAAUUUUUGUGUUCUGUGUUUUGUAAUUUGGGAGCACCUUCACCAUUGUGUUAUUAGAGCUAGGCACCUUCACCAUUGUGUUAUUGAUGAUCUUUCUUGGUCUGAAUGGAGUUUUUGCACCUAUUCACAUGCCAGAGAGUUUAUGCAUUGUCCUCCUUUUUUGGAUACACUUUCUGUUAAAAAAUGCUACACAGUUGCAUUCUACUUACCUUGUGAUUUUGAUGGAGCUCUGUUGUUGUGCUUCUUUGACAUUUGUCGGUCCUUUGAGCAUUAGGUCUGCAUCAUGCAUUAUGUUGUUAUCUAUUGAUCUAUAUAUCCCAUAUUGUGGAGAUCACUAAAAUCUUAGUAAUUUAAGUUCUGUUCAAACUUUCAAUUCCAUCGUCCGUGAAAAAUUGAUAAGUAUGAAUGUGUUGACUUGACUCCAUUUUAUCUUCUCCUUAUUUGAGCUUGUAUUCUUAUUUUUUAAUACAUUGCUGCCCUGCACUGAGAUUUCUAUUGUAAAUAAACAAAGUGCUAUUUAAAUUUUGAUUUAUUCCUUACGAAUGUCUGUUGGUUUCAGGAAAGUGCUGAGAGAGGUGGCAUCUAGAGGAUGUCAUGUCGAACGUGUGAAGUUUUUUUAGAAAUAUGUAUAUUUGUGUGAAGCUUUUUAGAAACUUGGCUCCAUUUUAUUUUCUAUGUUCCUCUCGGCUUUGUUUCCUAUCCUUUCCAAUGACUUGCUAUGCAUUUGCACUGUAUUUGGCAUGUCUAAAACUGCUACACAAAACUUGAUAUAUAUUUUGUCUAAAAAUACUAUAUCCUUGUUAUGCUUGAUUGAUCUUU